UUUUGCUGAUUUUAUGCCUCGCUAAAUCUGCGCAAGAAUCAGUCAAAGCUUGUGAUGACGGAGAAGAAUUCAAAAGUUGUUCUUCUCCUUGUGAGCCAAAGUGCUCGGAUAAUGGAAAUACUGGUUGCAUAGAUAUGUGUGACAAGCCAAGAUGUCAAUGCAAGCAAGGAUAUGCAAGGGAUGAAAAUAAAAAAUGCAUACCUAGAGAAAAAUGUCCAAAAAAUGGUACUACAUGCGCUCCCGAUUAUGGAUGUAAGGAAGGCGAAGUAUUCAAAUCAUGCGCCUCGGCAUGCGAGCCAACUUGCAAGGAUACUGGAGAUAUUGCCUGUACUCUUCAGUGUCUGCCAGGAAAAUGUCAAUGUAAAGAAGGAUAUGUUCGAGAUGAGAAUAAUACCUGCAUUCCCAAAGAAAAGUGCCCAAACUUGCCGAAUCCCUACCCACAAUUUUGUUGUAAUCCCUUUCACCCAUGUUGGAGAUGUCCUGUCGGGCAGCACUGUGUUGGAGAACCGGGAGCACGCAGAUGCGUCCCAACCGUUUGUAAUUUGGCAUGCAGAAUUGGUUAUGAAUGCAAAAUAAUUGAUGGAAAGCCCACUUGUGUUCCAUCGCAAAACGGUUGUAGUCUGAUAAAAUGUCGAAGCGGUUAUGAAUGCAAAAUAAUUGAUGGAAAGCCUCAAUGUGUUCCAAUUGCAUGUAAUUUAGCAUGUAGAAUUGGUUAUGAAUGCAAAAUAAUUGAUGGAAAGCCUCAAUGUGUUCCAAAGUGCAGCAAGGGUGAAGAAUAUAAGGAUUGCCCAACUGGAUGUGAAUUAAUAUGUGGACAAAAGCCAAGAUUUUGCCCAGCUGUAUGCUUGAAACCUCCACGAUGUCAAUGCUCGCUGGGAUAUGCCAGAACUUCAGAGGGCAUUUGUAUUCCUAGAAAUGAAUGCCCGAUAUCAGAGAAUGCUACGACAGAAGUCCCGCCUUCAACAACACCUCUAAUAUGCGUAGAAGGCGAAGUAGCAGGUAUCUGUCCAUGUGAAGCUACAUGCGCAAGAAAGCAUCCAAUAUGCCCGUUACUUUGUCGUCCAGGGAAACAAUGUAUGUGUAAGCGAGGAUUUGCUCGUGUUGCUAAAGGAAAGUGUAUUCCAAUUGAACAAUGCCCUGAAGAGCCAACAACUCAAAAACCAUGUAUCCUGCCUUGCCCACUUGCCUUUUUAUGUAAAUUUGUCAAUGGAGAAGCAACAUGUGUUAGAGCCAAGGAUUGUAGUAAAAUAAAUUGUGGGAUUGCAUAUACAUGCAAAGUAAUUGAUGGAGAGGCAACUUGCGUUCCAUUGUAUGGUAAAAGUACAACAGAAACUUAUGGUAAUUUCAUUGUUUAA